AGUCCACGACCUUCUGACCAGCCAGCUUUCUCUAGGGUGAUGCCUCCUGUCUCCUGAAACAUUGGAAAACCUAGUUUGGAAGAAGAGUAAAAAUACAGUUGAUGCUGAACAACAGCUGAGGAUGAAGCGGCGAGCAUCAGACAGAGGAGCUGGGGAAACAUCUGCUAAGGCAAAAGCUCUUUGUGCCGGGAUUUCUGGAAAUAAUGCCAAGAGAGCAGGCCCUUUCAUCCUAGGUCCACGUUUAGGUAACUCCCCAGUGCCAAGUAUUGUUCAGUGUUUGGCAAGAAAAGAUGGGACAGAUGACUUCUAUCAACUGAAGAUCCUCACGUUGGAGGAGAGGGGUGACAAAGGAAUUGAAACCCAGGAGGAACGACAGGGCAAGAUGCUGCUGCACACGGAGUACUCUCUCCUUUCCCUUCUCCACAAUCAGGAAGGAGUGGUUCAUCACCACGGGCUCUUUCAGGACCGCGCAUGCGAAAUCAUAGAAGACCUGGAAGCCAACAGGAUGGUUAGGAAAAUGAAGAAGCGGAUUUGUCUCGUUUUAGACUGUCUCUGUGCUCACGAUUUCAGUGACAAAACCGCAGAUCUGAUCAACCUGCAACAUUACGUCAUUAAAGAGAAGAGGCUGAGCGAGCGGGAGACGGUGGUGAUAUUCUAUGAUGUAGUACGCGUGGUGGAAGCAUUACACAAGAAAAAUAUUGUGCACAGAGACUUGAAACUAGGGAACAUGGUGCUAAACAAAAGGACUCACCGGAUAACCAUAACUAACUUCUGUCUUGGAAAGCACCUCGUGAGUGAAGACGACCUGCUGAAAGAUCAGCGAGGGAGCCCAGCUUACAUCAGCCCAGACGUGCUCAGUGGUCGGCCAUACCGCGGGAAACCCAGUGACAUGUGGGCCUUGGGUGUGGUGCUGUUCACCAUGCUGUAUGGCCAGUUCCCCUUCUAUGACAGCAUACCUCAAGAGCUCUUCCGCAAGAUCAAGGCCGCCGAGUACACCAUCCCUGAAGAUGGGCGGGUUUCCGAAAACACGGUGUGCUUGAUCCGGAAGCUGCUGGUCCUAGACCCACAGCAGCGCCUGACUGCCUCUGAGGUGCUGGAAUCGCUCAGCUCCAUCAUUGCGUCCUGGCAGUCCAUGUCCUCACUCAGUGGCCCUCUGCAAGUGGUGCCUGACAUUGAUGACCAGGUGGCCAACCCAGAGAACCCCCAGGAGGUGAAGGUGACAGAGGAGUGCUCGCAGUAUGAGUUUGAAAACUACAUGAGGCAGCAGCUGCUCCUGGCGGAGGAGAAGAACACGCUGCAUGAGGGCAAGAGCUUCUUGCAGAAGCGGCAGUUUGGGAACAUCCCACCCGUGCGGCGCCUGGGGCAUGACGCCCAGCCCAUGAACCCUCUGGACGCAGCCAUCCUGGCUCAGAGAUACCUGCGGAAGUAGCAGCCCCGUGCCCACAGCACAACGCACCAUCCUGCAGUCUGCCUCUCGCCUCACCUGCCACAGCUCGACAGCAAUAGCCGUGUCCCCUGGGAGAGAGCAAUGUAGCAGUUCCUCCAAGCUCUACGAAGGGACACACACUCGCUCUGUCAGAGGGAGAAGACUCUGAACAAGCUGGUUUUGGAAGCAGCAGACUCUCAGUGUCUUCUGGAACCCUUGUUUUUAAAUCCAAGCCUCGAUGACUAAUUGCUUUUGAUCAUGACUUUUUAAUCUACCUCUCUUGUCUUUGUAACCACGCUGUCCUCCGGAUCGAGCAGCAGCUCUGGGGAAAGGAGAUGAUGAUCGAGGGUGAAGGCGGCUUGCUGGCGCACGCGCUGUGGUGGGCUGCGUAGCGUAACCUGGAGAGUGGCUGAUUGCAUUUGCUCCAUAUGGUUUGAAUAAGCUUAAUUUUUAUCUGGGUUUCAUGGAAGUAGUAACUUCUUGAAGCCUCCCACUCCCCCUCCUCUGCAUCCAACCUUUGUUCUGUUUUUAACAUCCCACUGGUCUGAACACUCUUGGUCUGCAGGGUCCUGGUCACAGUGCCACAGGGUCUGAAACAAGCUGCAUGAAAAUAUUUAACAGCCAUGUUUCCUUGGUCAGCUAAGGAUGAAGCUUGUUUUCUUGUCAGAGGAACCUAGUGAGAC